AUGAUCUACCCUCCUCCUUGCCAUACUUUUUGGUCCGAGCACACAGACAGACCGAGGCCACAGACAGACCGAGACCACAGACAGACCGAGACCACAGACAGACCGAGACCACAGACAGACCGAGACCACAGACAGACCGAGACCACAGACAGACCGAGACCACAGACAGACCGAGACCACAGACAGACCGAGACCACAGACAGACCGAGACCACAGACAGACCGAGGCCACAGACAGACCGAGACCACAGACAGACCGAGACCACAGACAGACCGAGACCACAGACAGACCGAGACCACAGACAGACCGAGGCCACAGACAGACCGAGACCACAGACAGACUGAGACCACAGACAGACCGAGACCACAGACAGACCGAGGCCACAGACAGACCGAGGCCACAGACAGACCGAGGCCACAGACAGACCGAGGCCACAGACAGACCGAGGCCACAGACAGACCGAGGCCACAGACAGACCGAGGCCACAGACAGACCGAGACCACACCGAGACCACAGACAGACAGACAGACAGACAGACAGACUGAGACCACAGACAGACAGACAGACAGACAGACAGACCGAGACCACAGACAGAUCUAG